AUGGCCCCAAUCACACUGAGCACCGUGGAUGACGACCUCAAAGAGGUAAUCCAACACCUCUUCGAGAUCCAAUCCGCCGUGCACGGCUACCUAGGCCCGGAGACUCAAACCGAGCUCGUCAGGAAAAUCAAAAACCUCACCCUCGCCCUCUCCACCCUCUCCACACACACCAAACCCCAGCGCCAGGAGCAGGAACAGGGACAGGACGAAGAGCAAAAGGAACAGCAGGGAGAGGCAAAAGACACUCUCGAAUCAAGAACGGACGACCCGCUCCUCCGCGACAUCCAACUCCCCCCCGAGAUUAUCGACUACGUCGACGCGGCGCGCAACCCGGACAUCUACACGCGGGAGUUUGUGGAGCUGGUGCAGCGCGGGAACCAGGAUCUGAAGGGGAAGAAGGAGGCGUUUGCGAGUUUCCGGGAUGUGCUUGCUAGGGAGAUGAGGAGUGCGAUGCCCGAGUGUAGGGGGGAGGUGGAGAGGGUGCUUGCUGCUACUACUGGCGGAGAGUCCCAAGGCGAAGGAUUCGGCGAUCCCCUCGCGGAGGUUACCAUUACUGUCUUUGCCAAGUUGAAGGCGUUCGAGCAAGGAGAUGUAGCAUUCCAAUUCAAUUAUGAAGACUCCUUGCGCCGACACGUGCUGGUCAUUAACGUUGAGAUUGAGAUUGAGAUCGAGAAUGUUUCUGUUUUGGCUCAGCAUGUCUGGAGCAAGGGAUAUGAUAUGAUCCUGAGCAGCGGGCCGGAGUAA